AUGAAUGCUAAAGAUCUACUUCAAGAACAACACGUACUUAAAGAACACGACGUAGCGCCCGUUUAUUCAUUCAAAGAAGACAAUGACGCAGAUAUGAAGAUAAAUAAUUGUGAGAUUGUUGCAUGGCGGAAACUCACCCUGGAUCAUUUUUUAACUCAGCUGGAGAUCCCGAUGCCAUAUCUUGAUGCUGUUGUUCGGUGA